UUGUGGGAGUUCCCACACUUUGUGGAAGAUUUUUAUUAAUUUUUCAUUUUUACUUUUUACUUUUUAUUAUAGCACAUCCCUUCCCAGUUUAUUGAAAAACAUGGGUCCGGGAUAGUGCCGCUGCAGCACAGCGCAUGGCGUGUCGGUCCUCACAAAGAGCACCCUCACAGCCACAGGCCCACUGGCCUGCAACAGCUGGACAGAACUUACAUAAAGAAGCCCCGUCACAGCCAUAAAAAAGUGAUCAAAGAGCUGGACGGAGCUUACAGAAAGAAGCCCCGUCACAGCCAUGAAGAAGGGAUCAAGCAGCUGGACGGAGCUUACACAUAGAAGCCCGUCGCAGCUACGACCAGAGAGCUCUGAGCGUAGAAGCCCGUCGCAUAAGCAUGACCAUGGCACAGUUGGGAGUGGUGGUAGGAGUGGUGACUGUCCUGGUUGCUCUGCUUUUACAUUCAUCCAUACAUAUGGUGGAAGAAGGUCACCUGGCUGUGUAUUACAGAGGGGGAGCAUUACUAAGUACUCCCAGCGGACCUGGGUACCAUAUCAUGUUCCCUUUCAUCACUUCCUUUCGAUCGGUGCAGACAACAUUGCAAACGGAUGAAGUGAAAAAUGUACCCUGUGGUACCAGUGGGGGUGUUAUGAUUUACUUUGACCGGAUUGAGGUUGUUAAUAUGUUGCUCCCUUCUGCAGUGUAUGAUGUUGUACGGAACUACACAGCAGAUUAUGACAAAACGUUAAUCUUUAACAAGAUUCACCAUGAGCUGAAUCAGUUCUGCAGUUCACACACCUUGCAGGAAGUAUACAUCGAAUUGUUUGAUCAAAUAGAUGAGAACCUAAAACUAUCACUACAGAUGGAGCUGAAUUUCAUGGCUCCGGGACUCACCAUACAAGCAGUACGUGUUACAAAGCCAAAAAUCCCAGAAGCUAUUCGAAGAAACUUUGAGCUAAUGGAGGGUGAGAAGACCAAGCUCUUGAUUGCUGCACAGACACAAAAAGUGGUGGAGAAGGAAGCCGAGACUGAGAGGAAAAAAGCUGUAAUAGAGGCAGAAAAAGUGGCACAAGUGGCCAAAAUCCAGUACCAGCAAAAAGUCAUGGAGAAAGAGACUGAGAAACGUAUCUCUGAGAUUGAAGAUUCAGCUUACCUUGCCCGGGAAAGAGCCAGAGCUGAUGCUGAAUAUUACACAGCUCAGAAGUUUGCAGAAUCUAAUAAGAUAAAGUUGACACCACAGUAUCUGGAACUCAUGAAGUUUCAGGCUAUAUCAGCGAAUAAUAAGAUCUAUUUUGGAAGUGACAUCCCUAGUAUGUUUUUGGAUUCCCCCUCUCUUAAAGUGCCGCUCAUGCAGCAGGAUGCACGCCUGGCAGACAGCGAAGAUACAUCUCAAAAGAAAAGCGACAGGAAAGUAUGAAGUUCUGAUUAAUGAACAUAUGUACAGUCUCCUGGACCAGAAACAGAAGCUGUGGGGAUGUAUCCCGAACAAGCACAAGAGUUUUCUGGAGAGCAACCAUAAAGCAUCAACUGCCACUCAAUAUGCUCCUCUUUCCCCUACCCCCUUUUUAUGUUUUUCUUUAGAAGUUUCCUCAGGCCUUUUGAUUUGUGCUUCCAGUAGUUUUUUCAUUUUCCGGUUGAGAAACAUGAACUUCAGCAUUCUUGAUCGUGGAUAUAGAUGAAGCCAACAUGUUGAAAUCUGUUGCUCUGUGCCGAGUUCCGUGAGCAGUUUCAUUGGAAGCAGGCACUGGCUCUUGUUCUAAUACUCUUUAUAUUUUUUAACAUGCGUUUUCGGGGAUCCAGGGAUUUAUUGUCAAAGGCUCCCUGCUAUUGCUGCAUAUAGAGGGGUAAUAAAUACUGUUUUCUGUUAGUUAAAGGAAGAAAAAAGACCGCAUUCAAAUAUAACCAGAUGGAUCAGAAGCUAAAAUGUUGCACAAUACCACUGCACUACAUUGACCUUUUCAUCUCUUCAGAGAUUACGUGACUGAAAGAUAGUCUCUCUGGAAAAAAAAAAAAAGGUGAUACAACCCUAGAUCUUAACUAAUGACUUAUAUGUGAUGUCUGCCAGAAAGAUCACAUGAACUGACUUUUCUAAUUGUAAACUGGCCUAACCUUAUUGGGAACGUUGUGAAAGGUUUCUGGCGUCAAGUCUUCUAGAGCCGCUUUUCUGAAUGGAUGUUCAGCAAAAGUUCCUGGUCUGUGCUGAUUGUUUGGCCACAAAUUAUCUUGAAUGUUUUUUCUUCUGUUAAUCAAAAUUCUUACCUACUCUGAGUAUCCUACAAACCUUUUGGUGCUUGUCCCCCAGUAAAUAACCUUUUACCUAUUUUGAUUUAAGAACAUUUCUACUGUGUCCAGCCUACUACUUGUUGUUAAUCUGUACUCUCGUUCACUCUAAAAGAAAUACAGAAAAACUCUUACCAAAAAGAGUAACAGCAGUUAUUUGAGAAGUCCCAUCAUUGUUGUACCAUAUAUAGCACUACAUUGUAUGUGGCAUAAAGCAUCUAUCAUUUAGAGGAACCCACUUACUGAUGUAUAUUUCUGUGUCUGAGGUGUCUAAGGAUCAAUUACAGAUAUGGUGUGACUGCUUUGGGAUUAGUAUUCAGGAUUUUUUUUUUUUUUUUUUUUUUAAUUAUCACUUUUUUAAUUGCUACUCUUUUGGUAAACUAUUUAGGCCGGGCUUAAAUACACAUUGAUGGAAUUGGUGGUAUAAAACUUCAAAAGAUGGUAGUAGAAGCUUUCUUCUGUGAAUUUGAAGUAUUGUAAGAUUACUGUUGUAUUACAUGACUGGGGAAGUAACGGUGUUAUGCAAACGUAAGUAACAGUUUUGUCUCAGACGAAAUAAUACCUGCCUGUAAUGCUCUCUUAGCAGUGAAUGAGGAAUGUAACAAUCCUUACAGCAUUCAGCAUUUAUACUUCUAGAUUCUGGCCUUUCCAGUCAUAUGAAACACACACCGGUUAUGACUGUGGCUAUUUGAGGAGGAUAAAUAUACGUAUAUGUCCUCUUGUUAAAUAUGCUGUACACAUGGAAUGGACAAAGUAAAUCCAUAAUUCCAAUAGUAUAUACCAGGGGUAGGCAACUUGUGGCACUCCAACUGCUGUCGAACUACACAUCCCAGCAUGCCCUGACAUAGGUUUAGCUUGCCCUAACAGUAAAACUAUGUCAUAUAAUGCUGGGAUGUGUAGUUCUACAUCAUCUAGAUUGCCACAACUUGCCUACCACUGGUAUGUACAAAUAUAAUGAUUGCUACCUAUGGGGGUAUUAAUUAAUGCAUUAAUGUUGACACAGUGUUCUGACUGAUUACUUUGAUAAAGACCACCUCACUCUUUUACCACAAGUGAAGACAGUCACUUGUCCAGGCUUAGCAUCACUAGUGUUAAAUCCAUACCAAAGUGUUGUGCAGGAGAAGGAUUACAUUACAAGCUCUGGAUGUUUAUUAACUCUGUGUAUGUCUGUGGCAGCCGUACUCUAUUAAUCUGUUGUUCAUUUAAUUAACCGAUAAAUCCACCCAAAACUAAAAAUAUGGUUAUGGUUCCAAUACAAUAAUAGUUACUAGAAAAUGAUUACAUUUGGUGUGCUUGAUUUACCAUGGUUUCCGGUGACCCAAGCAGUGCUACGUCAUGCUCCUGCGUUCUGUAACUGCUCGCCUGUUUUAUACAGUCAAAGCAACUAAAUGUUUAUGGUGGAAUUUCUCAUUAAGAGAUUUUUGUCCAUAUUGCAAUUGUAUUGCAUAUAUGUGAUUGUGUUUCUGUUACACGGUAUUGCAGUAAAGCGGCUGGUGUCACAACAUUACUUGUUUCCAAACAGCUGGCUGCAAUAUCCGCUGCCUGCCUUGCCAUAGAUCUCUAAUAACAUCCAUUUUCAGUAUGUGCCACCAUAUUUUUUAUUACAGUUCUAUGACAUUUAUGUAUUGGGAAGGAUACUUAUAUGCAACCAAUAUUUUUGGACUUAGAAAAUAAAGUAAUUAUUUUGGUACCCAA